AUGGGCUUUCUAUACUCACAAUUUUUUGUUACUCCCCAAUAUCCCACACAGUCCUUUGUGGAUCAGACAGUGCUGAUUACCGGGGCCAAUGUCGGCUUAGGGUUAGAAGCUGCACGCCAUGUCACGCGACUGGGCGCCUCUCGAGUGAUCCUCGGCGUUCGCAAUGUGAAAGCUGGCGAAACUGCGAAGGAGGACAUUGAGAAGUCCACAGGCCGCUCAGGCGUGUGUGAAGUGUGGGAGGUAGACCUAUCCUCAUACGCAUCCGUCAUCGCAUUCAGCGAGCGUAUCGCGAAGAUCCCCAGCCUGGAUGUAGCCAUCCUCAAUGCCGCCAUUGCAACAGGAGAGUUCUCAACAUCCGAAGGCUAUGAGCGAAGUAUCACUGUGAAUGUGAUCAGCACCCUCCUUCUCGGUCUCCUCCUCCUCCCAACACUAAAGUCGACCCGAAAACUGAUCCCAUCACGCACGCCGCACCUCACAUUCGUCGUGAGCGAAGUCCACGGCUGGGUCAGCUUCCCCGAAUGGAAAGAAGAUCAACCGAUGAAAACAAUCAGCGACCCAACAAAGGCGAACAUGCGCGAGCGCUACCCAUUGUCGAAGUUACUCGAGGUGUUGCUCGUGCAGGAACUAGCAGGCCGGGUUCGCGGGUCAGAGGUCAUCAUCAACAUGGUCAACCCUGGUCUCUGCCACUCACAGCUCGGAAGGGAGGGAGGAUGGAGCUUCAUGCUGAUGAAGUUGGUCAUGGCUCGGUCCACUGAGGUUGGCUCGCGGACCCUUGUAGCCGGGGCUGCAGCUGGACUCGAAAGCCACGGCGCAUAUAUGACGGAUGGACAUGUGGAGAAUACGGCUCUUUCGCCAUUUGUGCGCAGUGAUGAAGGGCGCCAAGCGCGUGAGAAGUUGUGGAGUGAGUUGUCGUCGAUCUUGGAGGGUGUUCGUCCUGGUAUUAUGCAGAACGUGUAA